UCCCUCCCUCCUCCGCUCGCCCGGCCCGCCCUGCGAGUCACCUCUCUGGUUCCCUCCCUCCCCGGGCGCGCUCGGGCCGCCGCAGCGCUCCCCGCCCUCGAGCCUCGUCGCAGGAGCCGCCCGCCGCCCGAGGAGGAGGAGGCGGUGGAGGGAGCCGGAGGGGCCCGCCGAGGCGGCGGCGGCGGCGGCGGCGGCGGCGGCGGCAAGAUGGCGGACUUCCUGCCGUCGCGGUCCGUGCUGUCCGUGUGCUUCCCCGGCUGCGUGCUGACGAGCGGCGAGGCCGAGCAGCAGCGCAAGUCCAAGGAGAUCGACAAAUGCCUGUCCCGGGAGAAGACGUACGUGAAGCGGCUGGUGAAGAUCCUGCUGCUGGGCGCGGGCGAGAGCGGCAAGUCCACCUUCCUGAAGCAGAUGCGGAUCAUCCACGGGCAGGACUUCGACCAGCGCGCGCGCGAGGAGUUCCGCCCCACCAUCUACAGCAACGUGAUUAAAGGUAUGAGGGUGCUGGUAGAUGCUCGAGAGAAACUUCAUAUUCCGUGGGGAGAUAACUCAAACCAAGUCAACGGAGACAAGAUGAUGGCGUUUGACACCCGGUCCCCCAUGGCGGCCCAGGGAAUGGUGGAAACUCAAGUUUUUUUGCAGUAUCUCCCUAUCAUAAGAGCACUGUGGGCAGACAGUGGCAUACAGAAUGCCUAUGACCGGCGUCGAGAAUUUCAACUGGGUGAAUCUGUAAAAUAUUUCCUGGAUAACUUGGAUAAACUUGGAGAAGCAGAUUACAUUCCAUCGCAACAAGAUAUUCUGCUUGCCAGAAGACCCACCAAAGGCAUUCAUGAAUAUGACUUUGAAAUUAAAAAUGUUCCUUUCAAAAUGGUUGAUGUGGGUGGUCAAAGAUCAGAGAGAAAACGAUGGUUUGAAUGCUUCGACAGCGUGACAUCAAUACUUUUCCUUGUUUCCUCAAGUGAAUUUGACCAGGUGCUUAUGGAAGACCGACUGACCAAUCGCCUUACAGAAUCUCUGAACAUUUUUGAAACAAUCGUCAAUAACCGGGUUUUCAGCAAUGUCUCCAUAAUUCUCUUCUUAAACAAGACAGAUUUGCUUGAGGAGAAAGUGCAAAUUGUGAGCAUCAAAGACUAUUUCUUAGAAUUUGAAGGGGAUCCCCACUGCUUAAGAGACGUCCAAAAAUUCCUGGUGGAAUGUUUCCGGAACAAACGCCGGGACCAGCAGCAGAAGCCCUUGUACCACCACUUCACCACUGCCAUCAACACAGAGAAUAUCCGCCUCGUGUUCCGUGACGUGAAGGACACCAUUCUUCACGACAACCUCAAGCAGCUCAUGCUACAGUGAUGGACAGAAGACUGCCCAUUUUAAUCCCUUUUGUCCUCUUGAUUGUGUUCUGUUUGUUUUGUUUUUGGAAAUAGCAGUUUACAACAGGAAUGAAAAAAAUCUUGAUUCUAAGUUUAACUUCUUGGAAAUCUUAGUCCUCCUCCUGCAGACUUUGGUUUGUGGCUGGCUGAAAGCUGCUGAGUAACAAUCGCCGAUACCUGUCGAUGUUCAUUCUUUGAUCUGUUUCACUGUGGCUUCCCUUUGAGGGGGUUCUAGUUUCCUGCCAAGCCUCUGACUAGAUAGAGUUCAGGCUUUAGCUUUUUCCACUUCUCAAACUGAAUUCUGUAGUGCCAAGUAUGGAAGGUGUCUUCGAAUCUUUCUUGGUAUGAGGUUAAGAAUAUUCGGUUCUGACACAAGCAAGGUCCCUUUUUUCUGUCCUGUGCAUGGCAGCGACACUUGUGCCUCGCUUUAUGGCGACCUGUUUUGAAAGGGCUAUUGGAAAAAAAGUUUGAUCUAAGGACUGGCAUUCUGUAGCUUUACACAGAUUUAGCCUUCGUGUUUUUUUUAAUUGCUUAUAUAGCGACAGUUGUUUAGUUUUAAAAUUUCUGUGGUUUCUGAAGGUAAUGUUCUUAGUGUUUUAAAGUUUACAUAAGGAUUCCUGGUCUGAUGCUAAUGGAAGUUCACAAAUGGUACGGGGCUGGGGGAGGGGAGCAAGAGGGAGCCAAUGCCGUACAGAGUGUUUUGAUGCAAAGUAAUGAGUGAAAUAUAGUGUGCCCUUUUCAUAUUUAAAUAUCAUAUAAUAAAUGUGCCAUAUGUGAAACAUUCUGGCCGUAGCAGCAGCUAUAAAAAUUGCAAGUAACUUGAUAACAGAGCUUUCUAAAUAAACAUACCGUUUCCAGGAUGUUAACGUGCUUUACGCUCAGACUUGUAUGUCCUGUCUUGGAGGAUUCGGGUCCUCACUGCAGAGAAUCACUGUUGUACCAUCACAGAACAUCUUUCUUUUGCUCUCCUGUCUAUUCCCAUCAACUCCAACUGUGCCAUAUAUGGGAGUUUUUAUUUGGAGCUUGCCAAGGUCAGUGUUUUCCUGUCAGAUGACUCAGGAAGGCAUUAUUUGAGAUAUGUGUUCAUUCUUGGUGUGUCUCUAAAACAUACACCUACAUGUUCAUAUCAUUAUUGCUUAUGAAAUUCUAGCUUUAUUGAGGUACAUUUUGAAUGUUUUGGGGAUACUUCUAAGAAUAAGCAGUAAUUUUUUUAGGUCACACCAAAAUAUGAUUGCAUUUGAUCUCACCACGUAUGAGAUGAAAGUAUACCCUUGCAGCAGCUUUGUGAUCUCAGAUGUGGUCAUGGUGAACUCAUCAGAGGAACUGGUUUGCAGUACUGAGAAUACUGCCUUGUAGGUUGUGUGUGGUGUUAGACCAGGACUAGAGAGGCAAAUGCCCAAGGCUGAUGACAGUUUGGAAAAUCUGACAGUUUUUCUCCUUUUCCUGAAAAUUGUGAUUAAGACUGUGAUACCUGUCACUUUACUGUAGAGCUGUGUUCUCAGGUAUUCUGUUGGCUAGAAAGCCCUUGAAAGAUUGGUCAACAUUACGGAUCGUGCAGCCUUUCCAAGAUGGUGGCUCUUGGUUGGUCUGCAGUCUAGUGUGAGAGUAGGACUUUUCAGUGAGCUAACCAGGGAUUGUUCGUAACUGUUCUUGACUUUUCUUGCAUUUGAAAUUCCACCAUCAUUCUAUCCAUAGUAACUUUCAGUGUUUUCAUGCCUUGGUCAUACAUGUGCUACAGACACGUAGCCCUGCAUCAUAAUGCAAGUCUUCGUAGUAUACAGUUCGUGCAUGUUUGAAUAGUUCUACAUCCAGUGCUUCUUGCCAAAAAGAACAUAGUGUUUAAAUUCACAGAAUUAGAAUAACUUCAGUGCUAGUGAAUGUCUGAAUAUGCGCACAGUAACAUUGGGACUUUUUGCUGGAGAGUCUUUGUGUAAAUUUCGCAAGUAGUUUAGUUGAAUGGCCCAAACCAUUGAACUUCAGUGAAGGCUAAAGUAAGUUCCCUGUACAAAGAGCAAACUUGGUCUUAUUUAAGUUAUAUUUAAGAUCUGUGAUACGAACCAUAAAUCUUGCCUGACAAAGCAGCAAUCACCAAGACUACCACCAAGAAAUGUUACAACACCAAAUAGAUAUGGGAAGAUUUUGGGUAUUUGCAACUUUCUUUCCUGAUGUUUGUGAUGUCUCAACAUUUUUUUAAAAUAAAAUCGAGACUAUAUUUUGAGGCAGCAGAUUACUUCUAUUUAAUGGCAGGCUUGUUUAGACAGUGGAAGUGUGAGGUCUCAGUCUGAAGCCUUUAGCUCCCCAUUUUUUACAUAUUGUAUUUAAAACCAGUUGAAGGAGUCUUAAUACCUGUAUUAUAAAGACUAGAUUCUUUUGAAAUACCACUAUAUGAAGAAGAAAAUGAAAUUUAGUGAACCAAAUUGAAAGGGGGCUCAUCACUUUACUAUGCCAAUAUCCCUUCAUCUCUAAAACAGUGGUUUAAAGUUCUUUGAAGUGUGUUUGCCUUUUUAAGUCUUAAUGGUUAUGAUUUGGAAUAAAAUGUGCCUAAUUCUCUAUUACAUUGUGUUCCUAAAUCCAAAUGUCUUCUCGUUGAAUUCUUAAGAAAUGUCACAAAGGUGUCCUCAUUGCCCUUGAAGAAAUGUAUAAGUAUACAGAGUUGCCUUAUAAAUCAAAGAGCACCACAAAUUUGGGUCUCUGUUUUUAUAGGGAAACGGUUUUGCCAAAUGUUUUCUGAAGAUCCACAUGAUAUAAGGCUUGCCUCUGCCACUUAAAUAUCAUUUUUUAAUGCCCCAAAUCAUUGCUUCCUGCCAAAUAUUGUAUGAAAUCAAAGUCUUCAUGUUAAUGUUACUGUCUGGAAAAGGUGCUUGGUAGCUGCAGAGCAACCACAGCCAAAGAAGGUGAGGUCGAAUGAAAAAGAUCACCCGUUUUUUGUUGUUUUCUUUGAAGUUGCACUGGCGCGUGUUUUACAUAGUGAAGAUCCUCUGGUUAAUCUCUCAAGCUGAGGUUGUUUAGGGAAAUCCUUUUUCAGUUGGUGGCAGUGGUUGGUUUAAAGUUGAAGGAAGUAAGAGUAUGUUAAUACCAGAAAUGAUUAGAAGUAUUGAUUUAGAUGCAACAGAAAUGAUUAUGCCCUGUCAUUUUCUUGUAAAGAGAGAAUGAGUAAAUCUUAACUCCCAGUGUGUACCCAAGUACGUGUAUUUAUGCUUUCGAUGAAAUGUAUUCUCAGCCUUAGUACAUAUAUCCGGUUAUGCCUUAUUUAUGUGAAGAAUAAAGUGACCAAGUCAUGUUCUGUUAUGUUCUGAAAUUCAAAUCACUAUUUGAGAAGGCCUCAAAUUGGUGCUUUCAUUAUGUAAUGAUUCAUUUAGACAAAACCCCAAACCAAGCCAUUUGAAACAAGUUUCUCUCCGUUGCAAUUUGUAGCAAUGUUAUUUCUGUAUAUGUAAAAUAAGAAGGCUAAGGAUCAGUGUUAACUCUUAAUUUCUUGUUUGAAUCCAUGAAAUCAUGCCUGUAAAGCUCAGUCAAACAUUUGUAACAAACUCCCCAAUAAAUCUAGAGAAAGUUUGCUCUGUUACCUUUUUAUUGCUAUUAGUUUUCUUGAGGGAAUCAAGAAGAUAAAUUUUGCAUGUGUCUUUUUCAGUUGGAAGUUUGACCUAGAACUAGGUCACUUUAUGUCGUUUCUCAUCAUUUCAUUCGUUGCACAUGUUGUGCUGCUUCCCUGUAAGGACUGAUUUUCUUUUAUUGAUAGGAUGCAGGCUGGCCUUUCAGCCUGGUAAACAUGAAAGGGGGGGCUUGUAUGAGAGUGGGUGUGUAUGAGUCUCCAUGUUCUGAAUAAGGCAGAAGGUAUAACACAUACCCAUUAUUUUAUGGUACGAGGUUAGGGCUUAUAGUUCAUAAUAGAAAAUUGAAGUCUAAACCUGGACAUUUUAAACAGGUUGGACUUUCUGGCUUUUUCAAGUGCCAUCAAAGCAAUGCUAGCCUUAGGCUGGUAAGUGAUUAUUAACAACAUUAGAAGUACAGUGUUUGUACCACUAGCAUUCUUGUGUCUACUUGAAUGUAUAGUUAGCAUUUAAGUAAAUAUGUUCAUUCUUGUGGCAUCCAGGUCUGACCAUCCGUUUUCAAAUGCCAGAGCUCAUACGGAACAAAAAGAGUUAAUGAUUGGGCAGUAUUUUCUGGGUUGAUGGGAGAUUUGGGGACCUAUCCAAAUCUGCUGUUGAUAAAAAAAAUUUCCAGAUAGAUCAAAGUAUGCUAGGACCCACUAUGCAUACAUUUUCAAUCUGUGAGUGAGGUGAUAGAAAUAUGCUACUUAUUGGGUUUCUGAUUUGGAUUUGUAUUUAGAAAGCUUGUUUAUAAUGUUUCUUGCUAUAAUAAGUGAUAUAUUUGUCCUCAGUUAUGCCCAUUUGAUGGUACCAGGGGGGAACAAAGGGAGGGUAGGGGGUUAAUUCCCGGAAAGUAUAUGUAACAAUGCAACAAACUAUAUACCAUUUGCUCUCUCUUUACCUCUUACUUGAAAGCAGAAUGGCAAAAUGUUUUAAAUGGCUUUUCUGUACCACUCUACCGUGAUGAGAGCUCAUUUACCACAAGAAGCCUUAUCAAGAAGUAUAUUUUGUAACAACCUCACAGAUACUGUACCCAACAAAACAUGAUUUGUAUUAGCUUUGUAUAAAAAAUACUUGUGACUUAGGUUUUUUUAUACGUAUUAAAUCUUUUUAUAACUUUCCAGAAACUAAGAAGCAGGUUAUCUGAUAUUGCUGUAAAUUUUUUUUUUUCCUGUCAGUGCUUUAGUUCAGGAUUGGCAAUAAAUUAUUUCUAAAGGAGGUCUGAAAGUGGAAAGAAUGGUUUGAUUUUAUACAAUGAAUCGCUAGGCAUUAAGGCUUUUUACUUUUGUACAUAUUUUGCAAAAAUUUUGCCUCUUGCUAUUAAUAUUUGCUUUGUAAAAUUACUGACAUUAAUAAACAUUUAUAAACUA